CGGCGCGCAUUACGCGUGUGUCGUUAGCGUCACUUGGAUUCGAAAACCUCAGCUGUCUCUCGACGGCAUUACGACGUGUCUACGUGACGGCGUGAUCGGCAGCCGCUCGUUCGGUUAAUCCCGUCUCCAAUUUCCAAGCCUUUAAUCGGAUUAACUGCCACAACUAUCAAGCUGGCGCCGACUACGCUUAACGCGCUGCCCGCUAGUCAGUCGCCAGCGGCUACGUUGGAUGCCGAUUGCUUAGCGCUGAUAUGCAUGGAGACGCCGGAUUUCGGGCAAAUAGCGCGGGCUUCCUACGAUUCGGCCAUAGUUGGCGAUGCCGGCGUCAUGGAAAGACUGAUCGCACUGCAGGAGCGGUAUACGGUCACCUGCGACUACUGUGCCCGGGUUCAGACUGAAGUUCAAAGUUUCAUGAGGAAAACGGUGGCCCUGUGGAUGUCAGAGGUGUGCGAGGAUCAGGGAUGCGAGGACUCUGUGUUCCCGACGGCUAUGAACCUCUUCGACCGCUACCUGUCCGUGGCCGUGGUCCAAAAACCUCAGCUUCAACUUCUUGGCUGCGUGUGCCUGCUUCUGGCCACCAAACUGCGACAGACCCGCGCCCUGCCGGUGGACGUGCUCGCAUACUUCACCGAAGACUCGGUCACGGUCCAAGACAUACAGGCCUGUGAGCUGCAAGUCCUCAACCGUCUGAAGUGGGACGUGGCCUCGGUGGUAGCCAAUGACUUCGUUGAUCACUUAGUCGCCAUUUUGGGACUAGCCGACUGCGGCGACACCGUGCGGAGGCAUGCGAACACCUUCAUCGCACUCUGCGCCACCGAGUACCACUUUAUGAGCUACAGCCCCGCCCUGUUGGCCACUUCCAGCGUGGCCGCCGCCGUGCAUGGCCUCAGAGGACCUCUGUUUACGACAACUGCCCAAGACCAACUCACAUCCGCCCUAGAGAGGAUAACGCACGUCCGGACGGUGGACAUCCGACGCUGUGUCUUAGAAAUCGAGACCCUGAUGGAAACCAGUGUAGCUGCAUUGCAGCAGCAACAGUCACAAGCCAAGGGCGGUAGCGCAACACUGACGUCGUACGGAACCAGCAAAAACAAUGCACUUGUGGCGCCCUCUGGUGCCGACCCCGAUUCCUGUCAGCCGAACACGCCGACGGACGUCCAGGACAUCACUUUUUAGACGUUGUGUCUUCUUGCUGUAGUUCUCUGCUGUAUUCGUGUCAACGUCCUUGACCAUGUUGUUGUGUUUCUGUGACGUUCUAUGCUUUUGUCAGAGUUCUUGAGAAUGCGCUUCCCCCUGCCUACCUUUUGAAAGUUCUUUUGCCUUUUCAAUAUUUUUUUCGGGACCAUCGGCGUUAUGCCGAAGUUGUUGAUACUCUUGAACGUCUUCCAAGUACCCCUAGUGUCAGCUAGAAACGAAUGUUCUUACACUCAUAUUUAGAAUUCAGGCCGUUUUGACAACAUUUUUUUCAAGAUAGAAAAGCUGCUUAUGUCAUAUUUAACUGCACCUAUUCCUUGCACGCAAGUAAAACAGGUUCAAACAGCGUGUAUCUCUUGCUCUAAAAGUCAAAGCGUAGUGAUUUCCCUUGAUUUCCCUCUCUUACUGGAACAGUAGUUGUAACUCAUCACCACGCAAUCUGUUUUAGGCUUACAGGCUUUCCCAUUCUUUAUAAAGUUAUUUCGUUGGCAUUGAAAUUAUCGUCAAACAUAUAAAGCAAAAGGUGCUGCUCGUAAAUCGGCAAUAAUUUGUUGCGUAACAAAGAAUACGUUCCGAUGGCCGUGCGGGGAGUAACUGCUACACCAAUAUUUGACUCUAUUUCUUGACAGUGCUCGUUCAGUCAGUUUUAUUCGUCUUCCAUCGAACUUGCUGUAGGAAUGCUUAACAUUUUUCAAUUGCUGCUGCUCCUGCGAGCGCUACAAGAACUCUAGGAUCUGCUUGUGUGAAGGUCUCUUUCUGCAUGCCCAUGCGAUAUUCAAGUUAAACAAAUUCAUAUUGAGGUUUAGCUAUUAUUAAAAGAAGCUUGAUUAAUGCAGUGGCACAGAUGCAUUAAUGCUGAUGUUCAUUUGCGGAUGCAGCGGCUAGGUUUUGAAUUCUAUGCCGAAAUUUCAACCAUUUGCCGAUGCUGCCAUUCCGCCGUGUACAGAUAGACCGUUGCAGCAAAAGUGAGAAUUGCUCACAAAUAAGUGUUCUCAGCAACGAACGUAGCUUUCAUCAUUAACGUGUGCAUUCGAACAGCUCAAUGGUGCACACUGCUUGAAACAACUGACAUUUUAUUUUUCUGUUUUUGCUUUGAAAAUUGAAUUCUUGCGUUUCUUCAGGUUUUUAUGACAAUGGUUGAGCUUGAGAUCUGCUUCUCCGCUCGCCUGCUACUGCAAGUGUUUUUUUUUGUGGGAUUUUUUAAAUAUCUAUUUUUUCGACGUUGAAGCUGCGCAUUUCGUAUUAAGCACGCCACUUUUAGGUAUUUCCAAGUUUUUGAAUAUAUAGUGUUUGUAUCACCAGCGUUUUCGCGAAAAAUGAAAAAAAAAAGGUGACAGCAACCGUAUUGAAGGUUAGUUUGAAACGUUAUGUGUGCGAAGUACAUUCCUUGUUCUACGUGAAAAUGUUUUCUUUUUCCCAAUUUCGAACGCUCAGUACAAAUAUACAGUAAUGUGUACGCUUGAGUAUAUGUGUUUCCGAAGCUUUUCACUCUUUGCUUGCCAGAACGACAAAACCAAAGAAGCACUAUGUUGGCACCGCGCAUAUUUUACAGACUUUCCAACCAUAGCAAAGUUAUUAUAGUGUUUAUACACUGGUACUGAAAGUGUUCCCAGACUAGUCCAUUACUUUUCGCCAGUGACUCUUCAUCUUUACUUCGAGACGUUCGGGAGAUUGUACGUAUUUCUUUUUAACCACCUUGCGUAUUCAUACCUUCUUGCACCUAUGAUCGUACGUCGCCAUGCGUAGCGUUAUAAAAGCUUACAAGCCUUUCACAAGUUCGAUGAUUCUAUUUUCCAACCAGUGCUAAAUGAAAUUACUUAGUAUUCCAAAAUUAGGCAUGAUAUUGAAUUAAGAAUAAGUCUAGGAACCAUUUCACCUAACAAAGUAAAACAAAUACUGCGUAGCACCUGUCAAAAUGCAUAUAUUGUACAGCUGCAUGAGAAUUCCCGCUACCUUGGGUACAUGUUGCCCAUGACGUGUCUUAAUGUAUUCUACUUGUAUGUUUUUUUUUUCUGAAAUGCAACAGUGUUUAGUUGCACCGUAAUUUAAUAUGUGUGUUCAAGUUUCGUGCUAUAACUUAUUCAGUUAUCGCUGCACCAAAGGUAAAGAUGAGCGACAUAUCUAGUCCUUUUUUUCAAAUUGUUCAUUACCUAUUACUUACAUGCACACCAAAAAUACACACAAAAACAAAAAAAAAUAUGUUCAUAAAUUACCCCUUAUGAAGUGUACAGUUCACAACGCCACUGUGGUAGCGCCACUUGACACACCACAACAUGCAUCUCACUGCCAUUCUCCCCUCACGCACAUAUCGUUUCUUUUUUUGCAGUUUUGUAUGAUAAUGUAUGUUUCCAUGAUCGUCAUUAGCGCCUACCCCACCAAAGUUUAAAGAAACUCAAUGGUACCUGUAGAGACUAUUGCUUGGUUUUCAUUUAUAUCCGAAAAUUUUUCUGGCAUUGUAACGUUGCAUGUCGCUUGAACCAUUUACAGUGGCCAACAUGAUCUUCCACUGCUAUAUGAGUAGGUUGCAGAGGCAUUAAAAAGCCCAAGCUAUUUGUUGCCCUAGCCUCAUGAAAAUUUCAGUUUUUUCUAAAUGUACGUCACAUGUUGUACUAUACUGGCAUUGUGACCACUUUCGGAUCUCAUGUCUGUGUUUUAUACCGGCAUAAUCUCAGCUCAGUAGUCGCUCCAUAGUCUGCUGAACUAUGGAGCUACUGCACGUUUGUAAAGUAGGUACUAUCAUUGUCACCAUUUGAUACUGAACCAUAGGAGCUGGGUGUUCUUUUUGCGAAUAUUGAAGGAACCAAAAGUUUAUUCAACAAGUUGUCUAUUUGCUAGUUUAUGUUUUUCAUGGAGUCCUUCGGGACAUAGUUCCGGUUUAAAAAUGAGUCGUCUUCCAUGACAAAAAAAAAAUUUAAGACAUAGCACUUUUUUUGUUCAGGAUGAAAAAACAUCCUUGUUCCACAUUUGUAUCAUACUCAUGUUUUUUUUUGUCUUCCUGUUGAUGCUUAUGUAUGGAAAUUCUCGUUUGUUCAUUAUAGAUGCCCACAUUUGACGUUGUGUUUUACAUGUUACUGCCAUAAUGUUCAUGGUGUUAGUGCACCCCAUUGUAUUGUCAUAACACACACAUAUUAUUCACAGUUUAAAAAUGUUCAUUAGCAUCGUGUUGUUCAAAUGUUACUAUUAAGUGUACACCAUUUGUGCCAGUGUUUACCGCCGCACCUCUCAGCCCACUGCCAAAGAACUAAAACCAUUCCUCUGGUGUGCCAUUACUACUGACAUAUUUUUUGUCGUUUACAUUUUCAGAAUAGUUAGUCAAUAUUUUCAGAGUUUCGGCAUCCCAGUGCUAUCACGCACUUCAAGGCACUCCUUGUAGAUGUGUGUGAUACGCACAUGCAAGACGUCUGUGAUAUUUCUAGUAAAUGGCACCAGCAGCCUGUGAUACUAAACAGCGCCCUUCCAAAUAUUGUGAAAUGUCUCCUGUACAGCACAGAGCCAUUUUGUACUUUCAGCCGAUGUGAAAUUCUACUUGACCGUUGACUGUUUCUUUUGAAUCAUCAGCAGUAACAUUUGUCCUUUGACUGUAUAAAGUCGUCAUUGGGCUACAGAUGAAUGUUUGUGAUUAGUACCUUCUAUGUACUGUUGGAGUGUGUUGUUGUGCAUUUGAAUUCAGCCAGCAGUAUGUCAUUAUAUAUAAUUCAUGCACCAAACCUCAUUACCUGCCAUAGUGCUCAAAACUUUUUAAUUAUUUGCAUUCGAAUAAACGCAUAACCUUGGCUAUACUGUACAGACGCGUUUUCAGAAUGCCAUUGAAGUUUCAUUUUUUACCAAACUGCAGCGUAUCACUCUAGAUAUAUUAAUAUUGAAUUUCAACUUUCGCUCUGUCUACUUUGUAACAGCCUCGUAUUUACGAAAAAUGAAGUUACGUCAUUCUUAAGUUAUGUGCACCAUUUCACUCAGUAGCCCUCUAUUAGUAAUUGGCAGCUUCACUAAAACAUUUACACGUUAUCAUCACAUGUGCAAAUUUUCAAUCAUACCUGAUAAUUUCACCGUGUUUUUACUUCAGGUUCGGGGAUCAUUCGCAGUAAGUGCAUGUGCAUGCGCUCACAACACGGCAGUUCCUUAGAUGUUCUAGGUACUCUGCAAUGUCACUGUACUUGUAAAGGAAUUCUGUAAACCAAAGUCUUGUCAGGAAUUUCAUGGCUGGCUGAAGUACUCAAUGGCUGUCGCAGAUGAUCGCAUUUUUCGUGUAUUCAGUGCCGAGGCUACUGUGGUAAGGGUCCAAAGCAAUGCAUUAUUCAACUUGUAACUGGUAUUUCCUGCCUGUACAAAGAAACAGCCCCGGUGUUUGUAUGGAACUUGAAUUUUUCUCAGAGUUGAUUCUGUUGUAUAUUUCUGCGUUAUGAUGACAAUGUAAUAAAGUCAUUACAUUGAUUGCAA